AUGACUGAGUUGAGUUGGGAGGAGGCUGUGAACGCCCCGUACGUGCAUUGCGCGCACUGUUUCAUUUUCGCCAGAAGUGACCGGAAAGUGCUUUACGAUGGACGGUACGCGGAAAAGGCCUUGGUGCUGAUGCAGCUGAGGUUCGAUGGGCGAUUCGGGUUUCCCGGUGGGAUUGUAGAACCCGGAGAAGACGUGGUUGUCGGGCUUCAGCGUGAACUGAAGGAAGUUUUCCAAAUCGCCUUGGUGCUGAUGCAGCUGAGGUUCGAUGGGCGAUUCGGGUUUCCCGGUGGGAUUGUAGAACCCGGAGAAGACGUGGUUGUCGGGCUUCAGCGUGAACUGAAGGAAGAGUCCAACUUGGACGACACCCGAUUCAAGCUGGAAGCCAAAGACUGGCUCGGGGCUCGUCUGGAAAACAAAGGGGGUUGCAGGCAACCCGUCGUGCUUCAUUUCUUCGCCCUGGAAGUGACACGAUCCGAGUUCCGGGACAUUUUAAAGGCCGCUUUACAAAUUGACGAUGACGAAGUGUGUGGUCACGUCAAGGUGCCAUUGUACACCAUGCGAGAGGACUCGCACGAUAAUUACGGAUUCCCGUUGUUCCUCAAGAACCAGUUUGCUGGUCAAGCCAGGGACCAGUUGUUGGAGGCUCUAGUGAAACUCGGUGUGAUGACCCAGGAUGAAGUGGAUGCUGCUGUCACGGCUUCUGCCCUAUUAUGA